GGAAAAGCAGGCUCCAAGUUCAAGGGAAAAUUCUCAUACAGAUGUAGGCAGUUGGAAGUUAGCUGCUGAACGGCUGAUGAGUGGCUUUAAGUGAAGGCUUCUAGCCUGAAACCCAGGUCUGGCUGAUAUCAAAGCCUUGCUUUCUGAAUCAUGUGUUACUGGUACAGAUCUUUCUCAGGUUCCUCAUGAUUGAGAGAAAUUUUAGACUGAGUCCACAAGGUCUUUUGGAAUGCCACCUCCCUACAUCCUCUCUAGAGCUAGACAAGACUCUUUAAGAAUUAGCUGUCAAUUUGGCCUUAAUGCUCCUUAUUAAAGCCAAAUGUUUAUGAUUGGCUGACGUUCAUAUUGUGUAGACCCCCCGUAUUUACUGGAUGCCCCACUCAUUACACAAGCUCUUUUUCAUGUGAUAUGUGUAUGAUCCAAAUGUGGAUGAAAAAUGAGGGUGGAGCCCGUCCUGGGUACCAAGCGAAGAGCAAAGUCCAUACUGUGUGGAAGAAGCAGCCUUGAACAGAACUGAGUCAAAGCGCUUUCAUGCAGUUCCUCCUCUACGUCCUUAAUUUUUGACUCAUUCCUCUGCCUUUUUAAUGUGACAGACAACUAACCCCUCCUGUCGCCUUGUAAGGAGGGCUUGUGGCUUAGGUGCAGCUGUUCUUUGGCAGACAGCCGCAAACGAAAUUUCAAAGUCUAAGUCUAUGUUUGCUUAAUUAAUGUAAGCAACAGAGAACUAAAGCUGAACUUUGGAAAAGGUCUAUUAAUAAUUGACAAGUAACAGAAUUGUCAGGAUGUAGAAAACAAUGCAGGAAAAAAUACCCCCCAAAACCUGGAGUUGCACUAACCUGUGAAAAUGUUCACCCGGCUUGUUUGUAUCAACGAUUAUGAACAACAUGCUAAAUCAGUACUGCAAAAGUCGAUAUAUGACUAUUAUAGGUCUGGAGCGAAUGACGAGGAAACUUUGGCUGAUAAUGUGGCAGCAUUUUCCAGAUGGAAGCUGUAUCCACGGAUGCUCCGGAAUGUUGCUGAAGUAGACUUGUCGACUUCUGUUUUGGGGCAGACGGUCAGCAUGCCCAUAUGCGUUGGGGCUACCGCCAUGCAGUGUAUGGCUCAUGUCGAUGGGGAGCUUGCAACCGUGCGAGCUUGCAGGUCACUGGGAACCGGCAUGAUGCUGAGUACCUGGGCCACCUCCUCAAUUGAAGAAGUGGCAGAGGCUGGUCGUGAGGCGCUUCGCUGGCUGCAGCUGUACAUUUACAAGGACCGUGAGGUCACCAAGCAGCUAGUGCGGCGGGCUGAGCGGAUGGGGUAUAAGGCCAUAUUUGUGACGGUAGACACCCCUUACCUGGGCAACCGCUUCGAUGAUGUGCGUAACAGGUUCAAGCUGCCACCCCAACUCAGAAUGAAAAAUUUUGAAACCAAUGAUUUAGCAUUUUCUCCUAAGGAAAAUUUUGGAGACAACAGUGGCCUUGCCACAUACGUGGCUAAAGCAAUAGACCCAUCUAUCAGCUGGGAGGACAUUAAAUGGCUGAGAGGACUGACAUCACUGCCAAUUGUUGCAAAAGGCAUUUUGAGAGGUGAUGAUGCCAGGGAGGCAGUUAAACACGGUUUGGAUGGGAUUCUGGUGUCGAAUCAUGGGGCUCGACAACUUGAUGGGGUGCCAGCCACUAUUGAUGCUCUGCCGGAAAUUGUGGAGGCUGUGGAAGGGAAGGUGGAAGUCUUCCUGGAUGGGGGUGUGCGGAAAGGCACUGAUGUUCUGAAAGCUCUGGCCCUGGGAGCCAAGGCUGUGUUUGUGGGGAGACCGAUCAUUUGGGGCUUGGCUUCCCAGGGAGAGAAAGGUGUUCAAGAUGUCCUUGAGAUACUAAAGGAAGAGUUCCGGUUGGCCAUGGCUCUGAGUGGGUGCCAGAAUGUGAAAGUCAUCGACAAGACAUUGGUGAGGAAAAAUCCUUUGGCCGUUUCCAAGAUCUGACAGUGCACAAUAUUUUCCCAUCUGUAUUAUUUUUUUCCGGCAUGUAUUACUUGACAAAGAGACACUGUGCAGAGGGUGACCACAGUCUGUAAUUCCCCACUUUGAUACAAAGGGUGUCGUUCUUCUCCAACAAAAUAGCAAUCCCUUUUAGUUCAUUGCUUCUGACUUUUCAAUGGGUGUCCUAGGAACCUUUUAGAAAGAAAUGGACUUGCAUCCUGGAAAUAUAUUAACUGUUAAAAAGAAAACAUUGAAAAUGUGUUUAGACAACGUCAUCUUCUGGCAGGCUAAAGUGCUAAAAACCGAAAUAUAUCCUUUGAUAAAGUCGGAGGUAGCUAAGGCUGAGGUAGAAAGAUAUUGAUCUUACUGUUUAUUAAGUGACAUUGCAUUUAGAUAUCCUUGAGACAGUGUUCUCAGAUUGCAAUCUCAGGUUCAAAUGGUUGGACAUGCCUGGAGAAACAGAAGAUUUGGAUUCACAACACUGAGGGGUGGCACUUGACGGAGCUUGGAUGAGUUGCUGAUAAUUUGUGAUUUUCUGGAUACUUUUUAGCACCCUGAGCUAUGCCACUUCUUUGAACGUCGAUUUCCAUUCACAUCUUUAGUGUCUGAAUCUAUCUGAAUAUUUUAUGCUAUAUAUAGCUUCUUAAUCACAAAGAAAUAAAGCAGUUUUUGAAAAAAAAA